UUAUUUCUUUCUUUUUUUUGUUAUUUACAAUUAUUUAAAGUUUUUAAACUAAAACUUAAUAAGUCAGCAGCAGUUCUUGGCGACCAACAAUGAAGGGUGUCAAAUUGGUUGCAACUUGUUUGUUUGCCUCAUUGGGAUAUUGCGCUAGCAUUGGAAAUGACUUUUUAAUAUUUGGUAAACGAGAAGAUGCAAUCGGUUGUAAUGCUGCUUGUAUGGAAGCCACUAAUACCAUCAAUAGUAACUGUGAACAAUAUCAAGAUGAUUCUAAUUAUCUUUCAUGUAUAUGUAAUAUUAGUGAUGAAGGAUUUUGGAAUAAUGUUGGAAGUUGCGCUUGUCAAGGAGAUCCUAGCGAAUCUCUUAGUGCAGAAAGUGCUCUGAUGAAUUAUUGUAUGGAUGUGGGACUUUAUGAAUCUUAUUAUACUUAUGAAGGUGGAGAUUCAGAUUAUACUGGAUUUGGAAAUUAUGAUGAUAUAACUUUUGAACCUUCUCAAUCUUAUUAUGGUGCUUCAUUCUUUGGAGAAUCUUUUGUUGAAGCUUCUGCUUAUGCAACUGAUUAUUAUCCUGCUGUAACAGAUUUAUCUAUCGAUGAAACUGAUUCGGAAAUUGAUUCACCAAUCGAAACUGGUAUUGGUUAUCCUGGUUAUACCAGAACUUUAAUUGCUUCUCAAGCUCCUGAACCUUUGGUAUAUGAUCAUGGUAAUACUGGUUAUGGUACUGGUUAUGGUACUGCUUCUGCCUUUGUUUCUCAGGCCGUUCAAGACGAGGCUCAAUCAGGGGCUUAUACAUCUAGUGGCACCCAAGGAAAUUCAGUCAGUUCUGUAGUUACUUCCCGUACUAUUUCUAGUAGUGCUAGCUCAAGUUCUUCUGAAAGGAGUAGUACAAGCAGCAGAGAAACUUCAAGUACUUCUAAAACCCAAUCAUCAACUUCUGCAUCGACUUCUGCAUCAACUUCAACUUCAACAACUGCAAAUUUUGCUCAUUCAGUCUCUGUUGGUGGACUGAUCUUCAUUAUCUUAUUGGGAUUCUUAUAAACUCAAUAAGUAGUGUCUGUUUGAUUUAGUAUCUGCAUUCAAUCAAAAGUUAAUAAAAAUUGGAACUGUAUUAUAUACAAUUUAAAUUAAUGCAUUAAUAACUAUAACUACAUGUAUAUAUGUCAAAAAUAGUAUGAUUCUUCUAAUCUCUAUAAUUCAUCCCUAACAGGAUUAUUCUUAUUAUACUCAGCUAUAAUAUCUGCGCCAGGAAUAACUACCUUAUAUUCAAUAAAUAAAUCACCAUAUUCUUCACCAGUACCAUCAUGAUCAUGAUCUUCAUAAACAGGCAUACCU